GUUAUUUGCAAAUGGUGGUAACUAUACACCAAAGGAAAUUCAGGAGUACAAUGAGAGAAUCAAGGAGGUAACCAGUGGCAUUGCCAAUACAGAAGGGUCAAUUAUGGUUGAUUUAGAAAUAAUGGAGGCCAUGUCCUUAGAGCAGUCUACUGCAGUGAUCAAAGAGACUGAAGACAAAUAUAUGCGUUACACAUUGGAUUUGAUCUUCAUUGAGAAAAUUAAACGAAUUCUGACUAACACUCAGACAAAAAUCAAAAUUGAGGUUGCCCUCAGCAACAGCCAUACCCUGAAUAUAACUUCCCAUCUUGAACAGUUUGAAAGAAAAAUAGAUGCAUGUGCCCGACCCAAUCUGGACAAAGAGGUUGUGCUGCCUAAGGAACUGUAUCACUUCUCCAAGAUUAUCCAGGACCUUAUGGAAAAGAGGGCUCUCUAUCUCAACUGCUUGGUGGAUUCAGUCAUAACAGAAGUUCCCCUCCAAGGGCAAAUUGCCACAGCCGCUCAUGUUGAGUUUCAGACAAGGGAGACUAAAAUAAAUGAGAAUCUGCUGCUGCCCACCAGAAAGGGAAAAGUCCCCACUGAAGAUGUGGCUGUUACUGUCGUCAAAGAAAUAUUACAUGUCCAUAAAUCGGAAGUGUUACCUGAUGCGGACCUUGAAACAGCUGAUGAUAUAUCUACAGUUAAAGCAGCAUCUCAAGUGUCAUUUGGUUCUGGUUCACAAAAUGCACGCUCUACAGCUGUGUCCUCCAAAGGGCAAAAGAUAACAACACCUAGGUCA